AAUAGGGGAAUCCUUAGAGAAAAGAAGAAUUUCCAUCAUUGUGGAAGUGUUGAGGGAAAGUAAAGAAGUUCGAAAAUGAAAAAGCUUGCGAGAAAGUUUCGUAGAAAUUCAGAAGAUCACAAAUACUCUCUUCCUGUUCACGACGAUGACUCUCGCCCCCUCGAUUCCAAAGAGCAAGAAGAGUUGGUUCGUUCUUUAGAAACAAAUCAAGCUCACCAAAGUCGCUUUUGGAGGACUGUAUUUGCGGCUCUAGUCUCGUGUUACAUCCUGUUUCUCUUGUACUCCAUCUUCCACCAAGUUUCAUCUCCAUGGGAACUGCGGUAUCAUGCUUACUUCAUGGAGGAGAUCGACUCAUGGAUGAUUAUAUCUGCAGAUUUCGUGGCUAUUUUAGCAUUUUCAUUUGCCAUCAAAGGACUUCUUCAUGAGUCAAUGCAUCACAGGAGAUGGAUCUGGUACUCAUGGUAUACUGACAUUGUUCUGGCAAUCUUCUGGUUAUAUUACAUGUCCAGGUUGCCGAAGUUCCAUUGGGAUGUUAUCUGGCUGCCAUUUGGUCCUCUUAGUGCGUCUACAAUCUGUCUCUACGUGGAUCACUUACUAACUGAGUCAUCAGAAGAGAUAAAAAAGCUUCAUGGAUACAUGUAUGCCUACAAAGCAAGCUAGAAUUGGGGUGAUUAAGAAUAAACAUGAGAAGCAGUUUGGAGCAGAAUGAUAAGAUAAACUGAAAUGUAUAUUCCAUUUAUUUAUCAGCCACCAGCACAAAACAGAGAUGGCAUGAGUUAUAACAUACUUGGGUUGAUUCAAUCCAAUGGAAAUGGCAUUGUUUUUGGGAGAACGAACUAGUAACAAUUUUGGAUCCUGUAUAUCGAAAUAGUUGAGUUUUUUUUUUUGAAUAAAUAGUAUUGGUUCUUUAGGUGGUAAAAAAUAGGAUUUGGUUCUUAUUUUAAUUUAUUUUUCCUUUAAUUUAUUUUAAAAAUAUAAAAAAGAUGUUGUCCAAUAAAAAGGUCGCACUUAUGUAUCGUAACACCUGAAAUAGAAAUAGAAUUAUUAGUCUACAAAUCCUAGUUGGCAAAUGUUGAAAUUGUUAAGUUGGACGUUGUAAUCUGGAUUCGAACUCGGUAUUUCUCAUUUGUGUUUAA